UGCUCGACAACUAGCCGAAAAUAUGAAAUGUCUUGUUUAUUCCCUUGGUAUGGUGAUUUAAGAGAUUUUGUCGUACAAAGUUGGUAAAAUGAGUAGCGAGAAAAAAUACACAUUUUUCUGUGAUUAUGACUGAUGUAUGUGACACAACAAUGAAACUACACAUGUUAUGGUGUAGAAGUAUGGGAUGGCCUUCUGUGGAAUCCCUGGCUGGAGCCGUCAUGCUCCUCCACAUCGUGGUCUGUCCAUUCACUAAAGUAGAGGAGAGCUUUAAUAUACAGGCAACUCAUGACAUUCUCUAUCAUGGCAUCCAUAUUAAGCAGUAUGAUCAUUUAGAGUUUCCUGGUGUGGUCCCCAGAACCUUCCUGGGGCCCCUUGUUCUUGCCAUGACAACAGCCCCAGCAGUGUACCUAUGUCAGUUUCUGAAUGUCUCCAAAUUCAUAUCACAAUAUAUAGUAAGGACCGCCUUGGGACUGUACGUCUUAGCUGCACUUUCAGUCUUUGGAAACGCUAUCAAGUACCGCUUCGGUCCUGAUCUCAAGCGGUGGAUGUUCCUUAUAACAGCCACUCAGUUCCAUUUCAUGUUCUACAUGUCCAGACCAUUACCCAAUACAUUUGCUCUCAUAUUAGUAUUAUUAGCAUUAGCAGCCUGGAUUAAACAAAAUCAUGGACAAUUUCUCUGGAUAUCGGGAGCAGCUAUUAUUAUUUUCCGGUCCGAGCUAGCAGUGUAUUUAGGACUGAUUUUGGCAGCUGAGGUUUUCUCUAAGAGAUUGACAAUCACAGCAUUAUUAAAACAUGUAAUACCCGCAGGGAUCAUUCUCAUUGGUUUGACGGUAGUGGUGGACAGUUUUUUCUGGAGACGCUGGCUUUGGCCGGAAGGAGAGGUUCUGUGGUUCAAUACAAUAGAGAACCAAAGCUCAAAAUGGGGCACCGAGCCGUUUGCGUGGUACUUUACGUCCGCUCUACCCAGGGCUUUGUCUAUGAGUGCAUUCUUGGUUCCAAUGGGAAUCAUCUUAAACCCUCACCUUCGACCUCUCCUCGUACCUGCCAUUGGCUAUGUCUUGUUAUACUCCAAUCUGCCACAUAAAGAGUUGCGCUUCAUCAUUUAUGUGGUACCCAUCUUUAAUGUGGUGGCAGCAGCUGGUGUGUCCAAAAUAUGGGCAAACCGAUCCAAGUCAUGCUUCAAGAGACUGGUGGCCCUGGUUGCAGUGGCUCACAUUCUUGGGAACAUUAUGAGCACCACCAUAUUCUUAUUUGUCUCCCACCAAAACUACCCUGGGGGACAGGCCAUGCAAAAAUUUCACCAGCUAGAAAAGCCAUACAGAGCAGUCUACCUUCACAUAGAUGUACCUGCUGCCCAGACUGGGGUUACUAGAUUUACUCAAAUCAACCCAAAAUGGAAGUAUGAUAAAACAGAAAACUUGAUGCCAGGAUCACAGGAAAUGCUGGAGUUUUCCCACAUCUUUGUAGGCAAUGAUGACAUUUUACAAUUUUACCAGGCUACACACUCAGUUAUAGCAAAAAUAGACAGUUAUGAUAGACUCAGGGUUGACGUGCGAUCAUUUCCACCCAUCACUGUCAAAACAAAGCCCAAUAUCUGGAUCUUGAAAAGAAAUUUGCAUGUAAAAUCCAGUUGACGGUUAGAGCUUCUAGGAAAUCUGAUAAAUCGAGUGAACAUUGAACUUUCAGACAGACAUCCAAAGCAUACUAGAAUUUCCUAGUACUAAGUCAGGUUUUCUUUUUAUCAUCUAUAUUUACUACAUUGUAUGUGCAAUAUUGCGUAUUUGAGAAUCCAAACCAAAGGAGGUCAAUAUCCCAAGGUGUAAAUUGUGGUAGAUUUCCACAGGUGGAUACAUUAAGCAUUCAACGAGUUCUUUGCUAAAAGCUGGUAUGUGAACUGAUUUUGUUCUUAGCCAGCCACUAUCAGAAACCUUGAUGGCAGUCGCCAAUCAGGCAACAUAUCAAAAUUCUCGUUUUUGACACAAACUAGUUAUGAUACCAGAAGCAACUAAAAGCAUUGUGGACUUUGAUCCAAUUCUCAGAGAUAAUCUAGUGGUGUGUGAUAAGCAUUAAAUAGAUAUAUCUGGCAUACAUUUGAAUUAGGGCUAUUCCAGAAAUAAAUACAUGGGGGGGGGGGGGGGGGGGGGGGGGGGGGGGGGAGGCACCUUUUGUAUAUACCAAGCACCCAUAAAAAAAAAUUAAAAAUUACCCCAUGACCCAUCAAAUUAAUAAACUCAUUUUACAAUGACCCAUCUAAUAAAAAAAAAAACUAACCAGACCCACCACAAAAAUAUUUUUUAAAAUGAAAACGGUACAAAUCUCGAGAGGUUUUCGGGACAAACAUUCUAGUCAAUGACGCGGUAAUGCCUGUGCGACAUUGUAUCACAGUAGUUCUGAAGAAACGAUGUCACAUCAACAAUCAAAGGCAUCUAUGGCGGGAAUGUUGGAAAGACUGGGAGUCCAAACGAUGCUAUUAUCAUGAAAUGGGUAUGGAUGUUUUUCCACGAAUCGUUCGUCUUCUAAUGGAGCCCGCGCCCGGAGGCCUCUAUAUCACCAUCACACCGACUGAUAAAUAUAACGCAUCGGUACCCUCGUAUAAAUCAACUAAGGUUUGCCUAUUUUUAUUAGAAAACGGAACACCUAUUGGUUUCAAAAUAUUCCCAAAAUCGAUGCACUGUAAACUGUAAUGAGUUCGCCGCCAUCACGUCCAAAGGGACCCUACUAAACGCGCCUCUAAUUUGAAGAGUGCCGUAAUGGAAAGUUAUGCGCUGCAAAGAGCGACAACUCGAAUAGUUCUAUGUUACUUCCGAUUUCCGAAGCAGCAUUUCGAAAGCAUGUUUUCAAUUUUCCCUCCGACGUUUUGUAACCAACACGACAAGAGCGACAAUAAAAAUAUUCUGAAAACUCAACACCCACGUGGCACAAAAUAAAACAAUAGAAACUACCCACUACCCAUAAUAAAUAUUUUUUUAACAGUCCAACCACGGACCAAUUAAGAUAUGAAAAAAUACGACCACCCACACAAAAAAAUAUCGUUUGCUGCCCGACCCCCCCAUUUGAUCAUUUCUGGAACAGCCCUUAAAUGAUAACACAUUUGAGAUUUUUAUGCCUGUUUAAUGUAAUUGGAGAUUCAGGGACAUAUAGAUUUUGGUCUGUCUGUCCGUGACAUUAACUUUGGCCAUAUUUUUUUGAAUGGAUGAAGAUGGGGCUUUCAUAUUUCACAUGUGUAUUCCUUUUGAGAAGACCUUUCUUGAGAUAGUAAGAUGUUUGAUCUCAUGGCCUUGAGUUUUUGUAUAACCUAGUUUUGAAAACCUUUAACUUUGGGCAUAAGUUUUGAAUGGUUAGUACUAGGGCUUUCAUAUUUCACACAUAUAUGUAUGCCUUGCUAUAAGACCUUUCUUUUUGUUCCAAACCUUUUGACCUUGGGAUUUGGCCAUACAGGGGCAUCAGUGUUUCAUAAACACAUCUUGUUUUUUUUCAAAUUUAGCUCACCCAAUGCAUCGAUUUCCAAACUAUCCCAGUUGUAUACAUUCCAUUUAGACAGUGUUGGUGGGCCUUUAUUGGGUCAUACUACAUGUAAAGCUAGACUCUUUUAGCCAACUGACCUUGUUAUAGUCUGCAAAGGUCUCAAGUUUUGUGAUACAGAUUAUUUUGAUAUUUAUUUCAAGUUUGUAUGUUGUUGAUUGUUAGAAUUGAUGGAGUGUGUGUUUUUUUCCAGUAAUAUGUACAUUGGUUAUAUUUAUCAUACUAUACACGGAUUUGAGUGCGUGUUGUUUUCAGUAAUAUGUACAAUAUUGUGUUUAUCCUACUAUACACAGAUUUUGAGACCAAGGUGUGCUGUGAAGGGGGAUUUCAGAUACUGAUGUUGAUUUACUAUUAAAAGAUCUUUUUGAAAUUUAGUUUUGAAAUUAAUUUUCUGAAUGGCUCUCAAACGUACUGUUUAUGUAAAAACCUCUUUCAAAAUUUUACUAGAGAAUAUUUGUACAAGCACAUUAUCUAUAGGUGUUUGUUUAGAAAGGGGAAAUGUUGUUCAAUGUGCACUGUGGGGCCUUUAUUAAACUGAUUUCCACAAGGUACCAUGAUCCUCAUCGUCUCUAGUCAUGCUUACUGAAUUUGGAAAUACCUACCCUACAUCAUGUAUGAUCAGCGAAACUUUCGAUUUUAAUGAAUAUUUAUGAAAUCAUACAAUCAUUUAUUGAGCAAUCACAAGUCACGAUACCAGAUUUCAAUAUUGUAAUAGUCAGGUAAAAUGUGGUUGUUUAAAAAUUUUAAUAAUAACAGACAAAAAAGCUUACAGACACUUUUAGAAGUAAGUUAAGUAUAUACAUGUAGUUAUAUAUGAUUAAUGAAAUCAGCCUCAACAACAAAGGCUAUGCUUUCAAAUUCUGUAUCAAUAACCUUACUGUGUCAGGUUUUCCCAACCAACAAUUCUGAUUAUUCUGCUACUAGGCAAUCAAUGAUAUCAGAGUGAUGUUCUUUCCAUUCAAAAAAAAAAGUGUGGGAGCUCCUGGAUUGGUUGAUAUACGAACAUAAAUAUUCAUAAAGUCGAGCCACGCCUAUGUCAUAAUGUGAAUGGAGACAAGAGACAUGGUUUGCAAUGAUUCCUGAUCUUCAACCUACUCUCUCAUUAUACAACCACAUUCUACUGUAUUUGUAGGUAGGAGCAUAUAAAAAAGAAUUGGAUAGGUUUUUUUCUGUAUGUGUGCGAAAGAAAACCUAAUUCUGAUUUUGUUUGACAUUGCAGUGAGUUUAUUGAAGUCAGUUAUGUGUGUUAUUUAUUCCGAAACAUAUUUUGAUAUAUUGUAACAGUGAUGGAAUGCAAACAAUUGAUGUGCCAUAUGUAAUGUACAGUCUGUAUGUAUGAUUACUGUCACAAGGAAUGGAAAAUGGAUAAACAUUCUUUUAAUCCUCCAAGGACACUGAAAAAAUAAAUGUGCAUGUAUGCUUUA